AUGGAGAAGCUUCCAGCUUUCUCCGACGUAGAGAAUGGGAGGCACACGUCGAAGCCGAGAGGAUAUGGAGGUAUACAUUCAACGAUUUCCUAAUGUUUCAAAAAAAAAUGCAGACCCUACAUUAGCUUCCAAACUAGACUUCUGAACUGUAGCGCCUCAAUUCGCGUCUUACUAUUUCUCAGCCGCACGUUCACUCUAUGGCAUGCCGCAGAGAAAUAUUAGUUUGCGUCUUAAGGUUUAGAGUCUCCGUAGAGUAAAACUUCGAAGUAAGUUUAAAGUAACCGCCCAAGAAACCCUAUGGAAUAUUGAAAACUUGAGAGCAUUGUAGAAAAUACCAAAAAUACGGUUCUAUAGUCAAUGUUCCCCGACUUGAAAGGCGAGGGAGGCGGGGCAGGGGGCGGGACGCGUAGCGUGUGCGUCCGCGGUUCUUGGCACGUGUUCAAUUCAACCGCCAUCUAUUCUUUGGAAAACCCGUUUUUCGCUUUUUUCAUUUCUUUUUUCAAUUAUUUAUUGAUUAUGUUCAUGUGUGCAUCAAAAAUUAGUUGAAAAAAUUGAAAAAGAGCGGUUGCCGAGCUUUUUAAAUAGUCGGCGUUAAUUGAAUUGAACUCGUGCCAAGAACCGCGAACGUACACGCUACGCGUCCCGCCCCUUGCCCCGCCUCCUUCGCCUUUCAAGUCGAGAAACAUUGACUAUACAAAUUCUUCACAAUAUUAACGAUUUUGAGCUUUCUUUUCUUAAGCAACCUCUUGGAAAUUUUGGUGGCUUCUCAAGAUCUUUCCAGGUUUUGUGAACACAGGGCUUUUAUAAAUGGAGAAAGGUCUUUUUGUCUCUUUUUCUCAGCUUGGGAAACAUUUUGAAGCCUGCUUUGAAGUUCUCUUUAAAAUAACAUUCCACCCAUAUUUGUGACAAUGCUAUGGGGGCUGGUCAGUUCCGGAGCACGGAAACUUUUUAAAUUUGUUUUUCCAAUUAGUUAAAGACCGAUUUCUCGAGGUAACAAGAUGAGCUGCGUCACAAAAAAUACACAAGCUUUCAUUUUAUUACCGAAAAAACCCAUAAAAAUUUCAUCAAAGAGAAAACACUAGAGCUCAUACAGUCCAAAUUACCGGAUCUUCGAAUCUAUGUCAUAUAAAUUUUAUCCAAAGAAUAUUUUUAAGAAGGAGAACCGGAAGCGAUUUUUUAUGAAAAUGAAAGACUCCAUAGCGGAGAUGAAGCCAUUCCGAAAACGCUUUGUGAAGCGGUGAGCCCCAACCAAAAAACGGACGGAAUCAUCAUCAACAAACUUAAGGAAGAAGGUUUUUUCUUACAAAGUUAUUAAUCAUAGAUAACCUCACCAAUCAAUCUGAGAAUGAUGAAGUGAGCAACGUGAUGAUUUCAUGAAGGACUCAAAGUAUAGUUUCGAAAAGUGACCGUUCGACCGACCGUUCGACCAAUAUUUUUUCAACAUUUCUUAAUAAAUGGUCGUUGGUCGAACGGUUGGAGUUUCAACACUUCAGAGUGACAUAUUGGUUUUUGACCGUUUCUUCAAAAAUGGUCGGUCAUUUUUCGAUCGUUCGAAAUGUCACUUCGAAAUUGGUCGGUCAUUUUUUGACCGUUUGAAAUGUCACUCUUAAAAUGGUCGGUCGGUUUCGUAAAUUUCAGAAAUUGGUCGGUCAAACGAACGGUCAGAAAAAUGACAUGUUAUAACCGUUCGAAAAACUGAACGGUCAAAUCAGUUGAAUGGUCUAAUUGGUCGAACGGUCAAAUUUUAGAACACAAACUCAGAGGCAGAAAAAUUCAGAUUCAAGUAUUAGAGAAAACCUCAAAAAUCAAAGAAAUGCCUUGAAAUUGGUGAAAAUUGACCAUUCUGAGAUUUUCUUUCUCGAAGACUAAGAAGUUUUGCACUCCGGAAUUUCAUCUCGUUCAAAUCAAAGCAAAUUUUGAAAGUUUCUUAAUUUCAAAUUGAAAUGAACUUCCUUGUCAGUGAGAAAUUCCGAGUUGGGCGAUGAUUCGCAACUUGAAACGGCUUUUCUCUGCGUUCUCCUCGUUUUUCAGCGACCCUCUCAUUUUGCCGUGAUGUUUUCCUUAUUCUCUGAUCUCGCCGGUGAGGAAACAGAGAUUCGCAGAUGCUCGAAAACUUUCAAGUCGCGGCGAAGGGACUAUAUUAGAAAUAAACGCCUCUUUUUCAGCUGGGUUGAUGAAAAAGAUGGUUUUUGCUAUUUUGAGGCGUCAUAUAGUCCAUUCACCGUAACUUGAAAGUUCUCGUGUGUCUGAGUUUCUCUGUUCCUGGCCGGCGAGGUCACAGAAACGCAAAAAUAGCACGUCAACAAGAGAGGGUCGUCGAAAGACGAGGAGGGCACAGAGGAAUCCCGCCCUUUCAAGUCGCGAAAAACGGACUGUAAUCUGAAAUACAAACGGUGCCGUUUUUUGACCGUCAUAUGAAACUGAAAGUUAGAAAACAAGUGAACUUUUUUUUUGAAAGGCCGGUGUUUUUCUCAAUAGAAACAUUUUGAGAAAUUGAUAAAUUUUCUUAUACCAGGCGUAUUUCAAAGCAUCCUAAAGGCCGAAUUUGUUUUUGGUCGUCGAAUUCUCACAAACCAACACUGGGACCGUUUCGUAAAAUCCUCAAUUUUACUUUUGGGAAAUUGCCUUUAGAGAACAGCUUUUUGAUAGUUUCGAACCAAACCGGUUUUCCAGAUCAAAUUGUUACAAAAUCCUAAUGAGCUAUCUCGAAAAAAGGGAUAAAAACGAAAGUUUUGCAGGCCCGACGGGCUACGAAGCUGUAGGGAAUUUCGAGUCAAAAGAAAUGAAAGGAGACUUGCUAGAGGAAAAGACGAAUGACAAGAAAGAAGACAAUACCAAAAUUAUAUCGGAAAACGCACUGACGGACGCUACGCAAAAAAUGUCGACUUUUUCUCAGCCAAUGAAAGACCUUGCAGAAAGAAGAAAAAGCAUGAAAAGUGAGUUUUAAUUUUCCUUCGGUCGCAGAAAAAAACUCUGAAAUUUUUUUGCCCGUUUCAAAGGGCAAGUUCUGAGCGAAAUAAAAGCAAGCUGGAAAAAAGUUUAGUGACCACUCUAGGAUUUUGACAAUUCAGUGCCCACUAUAGUAGUCGUAUUAUUGGCCACUGAAGUGGCUGAAAUUUAGUGGUCUCUUUAGAGGUCUGAAUGGUACUACUAGAACACUGAAAGUUUUAGUGGCCACAGAGACGAAAAAUAUUGGCUUCUUCAGAAGCGGCUUUAAUGGCCACUUGGGUAUGCUUUUCGAGUAGUUUGAAUAACCUCUUAAGUGGCCACUAAAGUCUUUUUUCCGAAGAAUUGAAUAGCUGACCAGAAGCAUACGCCUAAACUCAUAGAACACGCAUGUCGCGGACACUUGUAGACCAAAUAGUCCGGAUUUUCGCAAUCAUUUUCUUAUUGAACAAAACCACUAAAACUCUGUGAAAGAUUUAUAAAAAAAAAGGCAAAAAUUUCAUCAAAAAAGAGAAAAAAAAAACAGUUUUGCGCAAGAUAAUUUUCACCGUUUUAACUGCAGGAGGGGAAGUUAAAGAGUUGCUUGUGCCGGAACGAGAAAAGAAAGAAAAAGAGGUACCCCGAAGUGAUGACGAAGUUAUGGAGCACCUAAUAUAUUUCCACGGGUGAGAGUUUUUUGACUGGACUGCAAUCGGUCCUUUGCAGGUAUUUGCCGCAAUUAGAAGCUAGAAGGUUUAUAAGGAGGGAAGGUGACUAUCUUUUCAGAAAGUUUGAAGGUAAUGGAAAAAAAAACAUGAUUGUCUAGUUAGGACUUUUUGAGACGACGGGAAGCAUCAUCUUCUUCUGUCAGUCGGGGUUUCGAUGGACUGUGAAAAAGACGAAAACGAUGGUAAUUUAUUUUCUUUUUUUUUAGAAUCCAAAGUUUUGCGUUUCGAGUUACUCUACUCGAUUCAACAUUUAUUCUUUCCCCUUUUUAAAAUUGAAGCGAAAAUGCGCUGCAGUGGGUUUUCCCUCCAGGAACAGCUCAUAUUGAAUGCAGCUUUUUUGAUUAAGAGAAAUUGAUAUAGGAAUUCGAGAUUUAAAAACUACUGUUUUUCAUCCUGAAAACUUUUCAAGCGUAUAUACUUGCUCAGAUGGGGAAUUUGGCGCCAAAAAGACUGGAUAUAAAGAAUUAAAGAUGAAUUUAAAAUCAAUCGGGGGAGGGUUUAUCCUAUAUGAGCUGUGUUCAUCGGAAAAGGUGAAACUUUUUCCAAAACGUGUCAGAAUUGCACCAAAAAGAAGGCAUUGUUGUUUUGGAGGAAUAUUGAGAGCUCGAAUGAACACUUUUCGCCCUUUUAAAAACGUGCUCGGACCUUCGCAACCUUUUCCGAACGUGUCGGAGCAUUUCUAGUAGCCCCUUUAGUAGCGACAGGUCUCGAAAGUGAUCCCUUGAACUGCUCGGAAACGUCCGAAGCGCGUGGUCCGACUUAAAUACUAUUGUUCAAUUUUCCAUCGAGCGUCUGUAAAAUUUUUUGCUUGCAUUCUCACUUUUCUCAUCCAAAUUCACAGAUUUGGACGACAACUAUGCAAAAGACCAGCCAGUCCGAAUCGAAGACUUUGUGGUUCGUCGGGAUGAAAUUAGCGUUUUUUUGGAAGACGAGAACCGUUUUGAAUGCCUCGAGGAUCUGUUAACGUUUUAUAUACUGCAUCCGGACAAGGUGGAAGCUUUUGAGAAGAGGGAAAAGAUGUUAGAAAAACCUUCUUUCAGGACUCGCUGAACAUCAAGCUUCUACGGGGCUGCCCCAUUCACCUGUUUCAAAUCAGAGAGAGGAAUAUUGUUAGGACUAAAGACGUAAGUAGCAACUUGCGAGUGAAGCAAACAGCAUUUCCAAGCUUUAGUUACCUCAAAAUCCUGGUCGUAAGAACUGAAAAGAAUUUUUGGAAUGAAUGUAUUGGUCUGGUUGGACUAAAACCCUUUCGCAAUUUUUGAGGUCCAAUCAGUUUGAUUGAAGCAAAUUGAAGCGGAUUUUCAGGAAUUUGAAAAAAAAAAAGAUUUUUAAGAAAAAUAUAACCAAAUAGGCUUUUACGUGUGUAAAAAUUUUGGAAAAGCCAAUUUUCUCCCUUGACUGUUAUUUUUUCAUUAAGAUUAAUAACUUGAUUGCUAUAAAUUUAUAUAUUUAGAUUUUCAAGGUCAAAUCAAUGUGGUAAAGGGAAUAAGAAGCGAAUUUUUAGACAUUUGAAAAAAAGGUCUACUUUGCUCUAUGCAUGUAUCAGAAAGCAUAAUCCAGUUGACUUAUCCAGAACUGAACGACUUUUUUAAAACCAAUUUCCGUGAGAAAAAGGGGACGCUCAAACUGAGUAUACUUUUUUCAGUUGGGAAGCGGAAACUUCGGCGACGUCUUUCUCGGCGAGAUCACGUCGCUCGCAGUACUUGAUAGAUUUGCGGCUGUCAAAUCGGUGAGUUUAACGGAAUUUGCGGAAAUUCGUGAUUGCAGUUGAAAAAAGACUGCCCUGGGAUGCGGGAGCUUAGUAACAAGAUCAUAUCGGAAGCCCGUGUAAUGAUGAAUCUCUACCACGAGAACGUGGUUGAGUUUUUAGGCUGGAUGAUUGAUCGACAGCCCUUCAUGUUGAUUCUAGAGUACUUGCCUGGUGGGUGGCUUCCGACUUUGAACAGGUGCUCAAAAGUUAGGAACAUUUAGUUAAGGAAAAUAACUAUAUUAAUCGAUUUUUUUGCUGUCUUCUAUUUGAAAAAAAUUUUAUAUCAGUUUUUGUUUCAAACUCUUUUGUGCUUACGUGGGCAAAUAAAGAACUGAAUAAGUCCGGGAGUAGGGUUGAUUUGAAAAAGUUUCAAAAUUUAACUUGGAGGGAGUUUUAUUAGUAUAAACGUUAAUUUUGAACUCGGGAAGUAGUAUUGACUUCAACUCGGAGAGACUUGGGAGAAAGGGAUGGUGGCUUUGAAAAAUGGUCUCCACUAGAGUCUGCAAAAAUGAUCUUCCGAUCAAUCUUUUGGUCAACAUUUUCAUAACAUUUCACCUAAGAUAUGAUAUGUUCACAUUUUGACUGCAUAAAACGUUGACAUGUCUAAAUAAUGUGAUCUUUCGUUUUAUUUGACAGAACAACAUGUCCUUUAUAAUGAAAGAUAAUUCAAAAUGAAAUGCCAAAAUUUGAUCUUUCAAAAUGUCAUCAUGAAAUGAAUAAUCAAAAUUUUGUUCUUUUAAAAUGGUUGGAAGAUCAUCUUUGCAGACUCUCUCCACACUCGCAUGCUGAUCAGGUGUCUCAACGGGUGUACCCGUAUUAAACCCGUGUUUCUGGGGUUAUUUUAGUCUCAGUUGGGCUAAAACGGGGGAACAACGGGUGUAAGAAAAAUAUGUAACCCAGCUGGGCUAAGGCGGGGUCUCAGUUGGGCUAAAAAAUGCCAAAAGUUCUAUCAGCUGGGCUUAUACGGGUUUAAUACGGGGGCACCCGCGGAGACCCCGUGUUAGCACGGCUGGGUUACCCUGCUCAGCAUUCGAGCAUGUGUAGGUAUGCAAUAAUCCGAUAAGUUCCCGACUAAUCUCAUAAAAGGAGGCGGGACGCGUACGCGGUUAUUGGCAUGAGUCCAAAUAAGGCGCCACCGACUACUUCAUAAGCUCGUUCUCCGCUUUUUCCAUCGAUUCUUAAAAGAGAAAAAACAAGUAAAAAUAGUUGUAAAAUUGAGAAAGUCAAUAAAGAAAGUAAAAAUAAUUGAAAAAAGCAAUAUACGAGCUCUCCAAAUAGUCGCUGGCGGUUGAAUUGAACUCGUGCCAAGAACCGCGUACGUACAGGCUACGCGUCCCGACUCCCUCGCCUUUCAAGUCGGGAAAAAUUGACUAUACAGUGAUCCAAAGUUUCCGAAUAUCCUUUCUUUCAUAGUAAUCUCAACCACUCAUCGGAGAGAUUUUAUGAAAUGAAUCACAUUUCCGUUCUCAUUUUAAUCUUGAGCGCUUUUCAGGAGGCUCUUUGGAGAACUUUCUCCUCAAAAAUUUUGAUGGCAUUAGUGACUCGCGCCUAACAAAAUUUGCUUUGGACGCGGCCAAAGGGUUAAAUCAUCUCCAUGAAAAAGAGCUGAUCCAUCGUGACGUAGCCUCGAGGAACUGUCUUCUAGGUUCCGACCUAACGGUUCGAGCCAAAAUAAAUCCAAUCAGAAGGAAGAAAAAUUCUUUUAAUUUUCAAGGCAAAGAUUUCGGAUAUGGGUCUCACCGUACCCGGCAGCACGUAUUGGAUGUCCAAAGCGGAGACCCUACCGACGCGAUACCUGGCGCCGGAGAGCCUUGCGAUCUACUUGUUUGCGUACUCUUCCGACUGCUAUUCGUUUGGCGUGAGUUGCCCUGCAUCGCCCUAA